AGCCGUGCUGUUGUUUCACUGCUCCUCGCUGCUGAACAACCUAAAGUGACCACACCCCUAAAUGCAUUGAAGCAAUGGGUGAAACCAGAGAAAUCCACUGUGAAGGACAUUUCUGAAGUGAUGAUCCUGGAGCAGUUUCUGAGGAUGGUGAAUCCGGAGUUGGAGGUGUGGAUACAGGAACGGGCUCCUAAGUCUGCAGAGGAGGCUGCAAGCCUAGCAGAAGUCCAGAGCUCAGAGGAGAAGGGAUAA